AUGGGUGCCAGCGACUCCAAACUAGUCUUCAAGAAAGGCAUCUUUAGACUGUCGGAGGAACGCCAUAUUCCUGCUGACGAUCCAUACUGGGCUCAGUUCUGGGAGCUCCCCGAGUCCUCGGACGACAUCUUCAGUCUUUUUGCCCCGGCCGAUGUCCGACGAACCCGCGAUAAUGCGCUCGAGAACCUGGAGACGCUGAUAACAGCUGUAACCGGGCGCCUGUUUAUGCUUCGUCACCACCCGUCCUUUCCCGACCACGAGCUUGCCCCAGAUCGAGAGGUGCUGAACUGCGUUCGCGUUCUUACGAGGGUCCUGCCUUAUAUCUACGAGAAGGAGAGCUUGCAGGACUGGGAGGAUAGCUUUCUCUGGGCUCCCCGGCGCAAACGGUCCAGAAAGUCAUCGAUUGCGAGUGAAGUGCUGUUUGAUGGCGCAGACGGUGUACCCAAGACACCGGUGGUGGAGUACGAGGAUGCGAAACCUCUGGCUGAGGAGCUGAUCGAUACCGUCACCGACCUGCUCUUUUUCUCCGAUUUGACGGUCACCAAGGUGCCAAAUGGCAAGCCCAAGGUCACUUAUAGCAUCUGGCAGACCGGCGUUGGCUGUACAGUACCUAUCGCCACGACCAAAGAGCAUGAGAGCAAUCGGUGUGAGAUACUUCGGUUGCUUUUGACGCUAGCCAGCAAGAGCAUGUACUUGUCUUUGGCGACGCUGCCUCAGACGGGGACCAAGGCUCUCACCUAUAUCUGCACUUGUCCCGACAAGCAGGUGGUUCUCUCGGUGCUCUCUACCUGGCUAGCACCCUACAACGCCCUGGUGCCCAACCAUCCCAAGCAGCUCUUGGUUACCUCCACCCUGCAAUUCCUCCUAACCACCCUCCUAUACACCAUCCCAGAAAACCCAGGACUCCCGACACCAAAAAACCACUACCGACACUACCUAGGCCGCUUACAUAGGCCUUCAGACUUUCAGUUCAUCGUGGACGGCAUGACCCGAGUGCUGAACCAACCCCUUCAGGGGUCGUACAUUCCAGGCGCUCACGCUGCUGUCCGCUUUGCCCCUGAGAUCAUAAUAUUGUUCUGGGAGGUGACCCAGUGUAACAAGCGAUUCAGGUCUUUCCUGAUCGACACAGGAAGGGCCUAUGAUUUUGUCAUUUUGAUUUUGUUCUACGCCUUGGAGUACAAGAACGAUGCUUCCAAGCAAGGUGUCGUGAGGAUGUGUGCCUUCUUGCUGCAGACGCUGAGCGUAGAGAAGAACUUUGGGACAAACUUGAACAAGUCGUUUGAUGCCCAGGACACUCUGCCCCCCGCGAUUCGGAUUGCGGGGUUCAGGGGGACGUAUGCUGAUUUUCUCAUUCAGUCCAUUUAUGCUCUCAUCACAACCAGUCAGGGAAAACUGACAGCGAUCUAUCCGGCAUUGCUGGCCAUCAUCAACAACAUUGCGCCCUAUCUGGAUGGGUUAAGCGCCCCUACCUGUUCCAAGAUUAUGCACCUGCUCAACUCCAUGUCUUCGCCGUCGUUUCUCCUAGCCAAUGAAACCAACCAUUCGUUACUGCGGUCAUUGUUGGAGGCGAUCAACUCGAUCGUUGAACACCAAUACAUCCAAAACGCGCACUUGGUGUUUGCGAUACUCAGAAACAAGAAAAGGUUCGAGGCCCUCCGAUCAUUUACACUGGAAAGUGGGCAUGAAGAAAUGGAAAGACGUAACCGACGGAGGAAGGAUUCUGGGGCUUCAAAUGACCCGCUACAAGCCGACUCAACUAGAAGUUCACUCGAGAGUCUGAGAAGCCCGGUGACACUUUCCUCACGAGCACCCGCACCGGGCGAUGUUCCAGAGGAAGAUGGGACAUUUGCUAUCGGCGACGAUGAUGACGACGACAGUGAUGAUGAGGAGCGGCCUACACCGGCGGCUUCCAGCCCCAGUGAGAAUCCAUCACGGGCGUCCUCUGUCGCGUCUCCGGUCGAUGAUGAUGUACCGAAACAGCUGCGCGGCAUGUCGGAAAAAGCUAGAGGCAAAAUGCCGGCGGGAGCGCAGACCUUCUCGCGUCAGAACAGCACGACCAGCCUGGGCAGCAUGUCACAGUCAGUCUCCGGCAUCUUUGAGCCAUCAACGCAAUGGAUCGAGACGUGGCUUCCAGAGUUGCCACUGCACACCAUCUUGACGUUGAUCCAACAGAUUUCAGCUCUGAUCCCACGGCAGGCUUUCGCGUCUGAUCCGCCACUGCCUGCGACGUUGGACAAGAUCAGGGAGAUUCAGCUCGUGGGUGUGGACCAGACCCCGGCGAGGGUGCACUCGUUUGAGUGGUCGCCGCUGGCACUGGGGUGGUACGAGAGCCUGCUGUGGGGGUCUAUUUUUGCGAGCGAGGUGCAGGUGUCGAAGGGGACGAUGGGGAUAUGGAACGCGACGCAGAUUAAGCUCUUCCGGGUGCAGGAGACGGCGCCUCAGGGACCGAGCCUGACGAGCCCGAGGGGGGCGGUGGACGCGGUGGGGAGUAAUAUUGUGUCGAGGAUUGGGCAGAUCAAUUUGAGAGGAGGAGCCGGGGGGGCGGGAGCGGGAGGUCAAGCGCCUACUGGAGGGACUCCGAGAGGCAGCUAG